UUGUGAGCUGCGAUAAUCUUAGCCCCAAAUCUCCCCUUCCUCUUGCGCCAUCACAAGGAGCAAUCAAAUUUCUUGUUCAGUCACAAGGAGAAGAGGAGAACAUAACCAGAGAACAGCUCCGAAGUACCAAAGGAACUUUCAGCACCCAGAUGCCAAGGAUGGAAAAGUUAGGCAAAGUGCUUGACUUCUGCGUCAAUCACUCGAAGUUGCUGGGCUAUGGUGCCGUGUCUCUGCUGACUGCUGGAAGUGAGCGUAUUUUUUCGGUGGUGGUAUUCAGAUGCCCGUGCAACAGCUGGAAUCUGCUUUAUGGCUCUGUCUUCCUGCUGGUGCCAGCCCUUAUUCUGUUUCUGCUUGGCUUUCUGCUCAGUACCCGCUUCUGGAAGGUGUUCACUGGAUGCUGUGCCGGAGGCAAGGUGUGCGGGUGCUUUCGUAGGGGUUACAUCUGGCGCUACCUGCAAGUGCUGGGGAUAGUGAUUGCCGGUGCUACUGUAGCUCCCUUCACAUGGAUUGCUGUGGCUCUGCUGGGAGGCAGCUUCUACGAGUGUGCUGCUAGUGGCAACUCCAUAGUUCAGGGAUACAUGUGUAAAAGCCAUGAGAGCAAGUGCUUUGAGGAUGUGCUUCAAGCGCCCUGUGAUGGUGAUGACACUUCUUCCCCAGAGAUGAAAAACAUGCUCAUGACACUCAAGGCCCAGUCUCAGGUGAUGGGGUGGAUUUUGAUCUCCUUUGUCAUCAUAUUGGCUCUCCUUUCUACCUGUAUCUCCCGCUGCCGUUCUCCAGUGAGUGUUCUUCACCUUGCAUUCUGGAAAAUGUACCUGGAGAAGGAGAGAAAGCUUUUUGAGGACAAAGCCCAGGAACAUGCAACCAAGCUGGCAGAGAGGAAUCUAAACUGCUUCUUUCAUGAUACGGAGCCAGAAUCCUUUCAAACUCCAAGCAUCAAAGCCUGGGAGGGCAUUUCCUCCUUGUUUGCCUUUAACCCUGAAAAGCAAUACUACAGUAUGAUACACAAAUAUGUCAGCAGCAAAAGCAAGAGUGGCAGCAUCAAAUCCAACGAGGGGGACACAUUCCACGUUUGUCUUGGGUUUGUGGAUGGAAACGCUGAAACAGGAAUGUUAUAAUGAAAUGUUUUCACACUUCAACCUCCAUUGUAAAAGCAUCUCUGUUGCAGCAGAGAAAAUGUGACUUUGCAAUAGUGCUAAUGUGGCUUUUAAUGAAAUCCAAUCAUUGAAGCUUUCAUUUUAAAGGAAUGAUUUAUUCCUAAGACCAUGCAGAUUGCUGUGGCCUUCCUGGGAGGCAGCUGCUAUGCCUAUGCUGCUUGCAGGAGCUCCAUAUUAAGAGAUAUGUACAUGUGGAAAGGCAAAGGGAGAGAAUGUGUCAAAUACCCUGGGAAUGAUGGCACUCCUUCCUCAGAGAUGGGAGAUUUGCCAGUGAGCCUCCAGGCAUAGCAUCUUGCAGCUUGUAUUACUUACUUGUAAAAAGCCUUUCGAUAGGGCGGUAUACAAAUGUAAUAAAUACAAACCUGGGAAAACUGUGCCAGAUCCUCCAUGGGCAAAGUGAAGGGACCCACCAGGGAUGGCCUCAUGUUACUGUGCUGCCCUGUGUUGUCAGCUAUGGGGGAAGGUGAGGCAGAUCUGCACACUCCUUACCAGCCUCAAAGGGCUCUUAGCCAGAUCCUCUUUUUCAUCCCAAUUCAAUACGGCAAUCAAAUGGAAGCAGGGAACUGGUAUACAGUUGUCAAAAUUCCUUAUUAUGGUGUGAAGAGGGAGUAGAGGAAGGGCCAUUACAUGUCCUGGGGCUUAUCUACAACACAGAAAGACACAUUCUGUGCUUCUACAGGCUCUUUCACAAGGUAGGCCAGAUAAUCAAGUAUGAGGAGUGGGACGGGGCAGACUUUGCUUGCAACCUGUACAGCACACAACAAAGUUAGCCAUGACUAAGUCCCACUGAAAUUAUUGGCUGGCAUAGUGUACAACACUCUGUCAAGCUUUUAACAGAGUGUUUGCACAAUUGCCCCAGA